UCCCCGAUCCCCGUCUUCUCACACGGCGGCGGAUUCUACAUGGGCACACACACGCUCCCCGACCCCGCGUCCAUCAUCUACCACACCCUUGGCUCUUUCUUUGCCACCCGCGGAUUCAUCACCAUCGCCCCUGACUACCGCCUCGUCGACUCUGGUGUGAAGUUCCCUGGUGCAGCGCAGGACGUGCGGGAUGCGAUGCAGUGGGUCGUGGAUAACCUUCCCUUCCCAGAUUCUGAUAUCUACGUCCUCGGCCAUUCUGCGGGGGCGAUGAACCUGAUUACCAUCCCUGCUCUCCCGGAGCUGUACUCCCCCACUUUGCAGCCCCGUAUCAAGGGUACGGUCCUCCUCUCUGGGCCGUACACGUUUGCGGAAAUGCCAACGGAUAUGAAGGAUUCCGUCAGGUUGUAUUACUAUGGCGAAGAUGAUGAGGUUAAGCAGAGGGUAGUACUGGCAUUGUUGGAAUCAGCGAGUACCAGCGAUGCUGGGUGUUUG